AUGACUGCCGACGACGAACUGCCAGCGCUGCUGCGCCUGCGUAACAAGAAACGAGGCCAAUUAACAACUCAUUUCAACGGCAAGGACUGGGACAUUUGGGAGUUGAAACGCACGGCGCUAGCGAAAACGUCGAUUACGAGGAUGACACAUUCCUUCACUGCAGUCAUCGAAUCUACCCAACUGGACGAUUUCUUCAUCAAAGGGGCGCACUACAUACGAUGGUUCAUUCGAACUCUGGUUCUCGAAAAGUCGCAGAGUAACAACCCGUUGGGCUUGGCUGAUCAUCAGCAGACUAAGCCAUUGGGUUUAAGCGAAGCAGCCAAAGCGAUGUUAUUUGGGGGCCAGGAGCUGACGUUGGAAAAUUGCCGCCAAGGACGGGAAUCAGCUCUGCGUCAAUUUGGGCACUCUUAUUGCUUUCUGUUGCUGUACGUGUCCAAAAACAGUGGAGAGCCAGCGAAGGAACGGACCUAUUUUGAGUACAUCUACCUAUUCGCCAAGGAGAUCAUCAACACGAUGCUGAGUCUUCCGUCAUUCGCAACGGCUGUGAACAGGCAUCUCGAACUCUUCUUCCGGUCCCGCCUAUUUCAAAAUCAUCAAACCCCCGAACCUACGGGUGUUGCAGAAAAGUCAGACCAGAGCAUAGCCAAAGUUCUUGGAACCGGUCGUCGUUUGUCAGCACAUCCCAAAGGAUUCGAGAAGCCACGCAAAUCAGUAUUACCUGAGGCAAACACGGAACAAGUCUUGGGACAGAUACUGGGUCUGACGACUCAGCUCCGAAAACCUGUCCUUCACCCUUCAAGAGAGCAGACACUGAUGAAUGCACCGUCUUCAAAAGGAGACAAAGGUGUACGGCCUGCGUUGCAUAACCGGGGAAAAGGCUCUGCCGGAGCGACACGCACAUCAAAGUCAAACGUCAACACUGCGUGGGUAACUCGCCCAAUAGCAAAGGCCUCGGCUAAGGUGAACGAGCCGGAGGGGAGAGGCACUUCCAUCCCGCCUACUGGCGGAUGGGCCACAGUGGAUGCAACCCAAAUGAACGACACGGUUGCAGCUGCCCGAUUGACAACUUCCGAAGACGACACUGAGGAGAAUGGUCUCAGGCAGGAUAUGGCAGCCUCUGACGAUGAACCUGAAGAGCGUAGCAGACCGAUUCGCAGCGCGGCGAUGAAAGAAAAGGAGCGGCUCAGGCGACGGAAGGUCCGGAUCAACGAUGUCCGUAUGGCGCGGUCACCGCUCGCAGACGCCGUCUUACCACCACCACAACGCUUCCUUUUCAUCCAUACUCGCUCGAGCGCCAUUGGUAGUAUAGCGACACUAUAA